AUGUACUUCCUCUUCACCACUUCCUUGUUAUUAUUGACCUUCAACUCUUUGACGAUGGCUGUACCGAUCGCCCAGGACCGCGAUCUUUCGGAGGAGCUGCAACUUUUAGAACGGACGCCACUCCCACAAGCCGAUCGAGGAGCUGGCGCUUUUCUGAGACGAUCGGUGGUGUUUGAGGAGAGAGCACCAAACAUUGAAGAGGGGGAAGAAUGGGACCAAGAUCCUGUUGAUAUGGAUGCCAGUCAGAAGCGCAAGCAGAAGGGUGGGCAGGCCAGACCAGAUGGGUUCCGUGGUGGUGCAAACGGGUGGAAACGACAUCCUUUCAUACCUCCAACCCUGACGCUUCCCACUCCAUCACCUUCCCUCUCAUUGGAGUACCGUCCCGAGAGCUCAACCACCCCAGUCUCAACAUCACCCGCUACUUCGGUUACCUCAUCCGUUGUAACACAAACCCCUCAAACAAGCACUAUGUCACCUCAGAAGGGGGCGAACCCUAACGGAUUUCGUGGAGGGGGAAACGGGUGGUGA